AUGUCAAUCGUUAAGAUGAGCAGCGUCCAACGGAUGGGUGUUCUGCUAUGGAAGGAUGCCGUAAAGCAACACAAUGACUCUCUUGAAAAGGGGGCUGCAGACAAAAGAUUCAUCAACAUCGAAGAUACUGGAUUUGAUGAGAUAGACGUCAACUCUCUUGCAGUUGCUGCAUACCAGGUAUCCAAUGGUUUGAACAAGGAUCAGGGUCCAUUCGGCACCUCUGUUCAGAAGAUACUUCGGUUACUUAAUGGGCAUGCCAAUGCUAUUAACAUUUUUACCCAAUUCAAUCCCCAAAUGGGAAACUUGAUCUUAGGAUCACUGAGGAAGGUUCUUCAGAUUAUCGAAGAGACGGAAAAGGCUUCCUCUAUUGCUGGGGAAGGGAUUCUUCAGAUAUUAGUUCAUUUGGACCGUUGGGAGCAGACAGCAAACAUAUCUUAUUUGUUAAACUCGGAUCAUGUGAGGGAGUCGAUAAUUUCGCUGUAUACGAAGAUCCUAGACUUUUUGAUAUCAGCAACUCUAUGGCACGAACGGAGCAAGCUAUCCAAGCUCGGAGCGAACGUUUUCAAUGCCAAGGGAGACGAAUUUCAGCAAAAAGCCAACAGCUUAAAAGAGGCAUCUGAUUUGGUCGAUAAGGAAAUCAGCACUCGGGGUAUACAAGAAAUCAUACUCCACGAAGUCCACGUCCUUAAUUAA